AUGGUCCAAGAUACAGCUUGGGUAGCUUGGGGUUGCAGGCCAACUUGGUGUACGCGGACGGUCUCAAGCGGGCAAGGCCAUAGUCGAGACGCUGGGUGCUGCAGGUACGCCGGCAACCGCCAGCAGCGGUGGCACCCAAAGCUGCCAGCACGCGGUUUUCCUCUGGUUGAAGGUAAACGGCUCUGGUGCCGCAAGCUUGGGGCUUUGCGCGGGCGCUUUCGAGCAACAGCAGACCCACCAAGCGAUGAUAAAGACGGCGCUGAGGAGUCGUCGUCGGACAAGCACGAGGAGGACGCUCAGCAGCCGCCACCUGGCGAGCGCCCGUUGCACCAGAUUCCUGGCACUUCUUUGCCGUUAGAGGAACUUCAGAAACGCAUACAACAGAUGAAGCAAACUAGGGCGAGCGCUGAUAGCCCCGAGGACGCCGCCAGAGACCAGACCACCCGUGCAGGUAACAGCGAGCGCUCUGUAUUCGAAGUCGAAGCGACUGUUGUCGAGGGAUCGCAAACGCCCUAUGACGCUUCGAAAGAGGUCUGCGUGCUUGUGUUUCGCUCGUCACCUCGUGGUGACGGGAUCUACAGUCUCCGGCUGGGCGACGAAGACAUUAUUUUGGCCUUCGAGCGGGACGUGGAGGCCAUACGCUACGCGCGUUUACUAGCGGCGCAGGAGUUUCCCGAGCCGCACGUCGAAAAACUGCAGAUAGGUGAGGUCUAUGCGUUCUGCGAACAAGCCGGCCUGCGUAUGGGACUGGUUCCAUCCGGCAUGAUGGUGAUCCCUCCAGAGGACAACAUGCCCGGCUAUGAGCGGUACUUCCGCGACGCAAAGGAUCAGGGGCCUCCAGAUCGCGAAUACGUGGGAGAGCUCACUGAACGUCAACUGAAUGAGCUGAAAAAUCGCCUUGGACGACUUGUGGACGGCGAUUCAGGGCCAAGCAGCCUCGACUAG